GUGGGGUGAGAGGUGACAUGGGGGUCCCUGUUGUGGAGUGACAGGUGAGCUAGGGGACCCCGCUGUGGGGUGACAGGCUGGGGUGCCCUGCCAUGGGGUGACAGGUGAGUUGGGGAUCCCUGUUGUAGGGUGACAGGUAGGCAGGGGGUCUCUGCUGUGGGGUGACAGGUGAGCUGGGGGUCCCUGUUAUGGGGUGACAGGUGAGCUGGGGGUCUCGGCUGUGGGGUGACAGGCUUGAGGGCUCUGCCAUGGUGUGGCACUGAACGCUGAGGGGGGAGCAGAAAGCCCCUGCACACCUGGGCAGGUGAGCUGGGGGUCCCUGCUGCAGGGUGACAGGUGAGCUGGGGGUCCCUGCUGCAGGGUGACAGGUGAGCUGGGGGUCCCUGCUGCAGGGUGACAGGUGAGCUGGGGGUCCCUGUUGUGGGGUGACAGGUGAGCUGGGGGUCCCUGCCGUGGGGUGGCUCUGGAAGCAGAGCGCAGUGGGGAUAAUUCCGCGUUGGGUUUGGGCACAGAGGGGCCGGGCUGGGGGCUGCCAGAGCAGUGUGAGGACCAGCCUAGGAGCAGGGUGGCGAGUGAAAGCUGUUUUGGGAGGGCGAGGCUUCCUGUCCUGUCAAGUGUAGCCAGUGUAGCCUCUUCUCCUCGCCGUGGAUCUUGGCACGGAAAACCCCCAAUAUUGCUGGGAUCCAGCUGAGCCGCUGGCACCGCGGCUACGUGAUGCUGGCACAGUCAGCAUCCUCCCUGCACGCCGUGGCACGUCACUGGGGGCUGUGGAUGUCCCCGACCCCUACCUGUGCCCCCUUCAGCCUGUCAAGGAGGUGCCACCUCCCGUUGUGGACCCCCAGGUCCCCUCGGGGUCCGUGGGGCACCGGCUCCACGCACACACCGUGUUUUCCCGGCACGAUUUCCUCCUUUGGCAUCAGUGACGGGAGCGGGGGCGGAGAUGGGGGAGCCUGGGGGAGACACAAAUGUGCGACUGCAGCAUCCUCACUCCCAUGGCUGCAUCCCUCGCGCCUCCUCACGGUUGCCUUAGCAACCUCCUAUCGAUGGGGUAUUUAUAGAGGAUGGGAAGCCAGAGGGGGGAGAUCGGGAAUGGGUGGGCGUCUGCUAGGUCAGCCUCCGGCUUCAGGCUUCUCUCAGCUUGUGUAGGGGCAGGAGGGAUGCUGCUCCCCUUGGUGUCAGCGUGUGCAAUGCUCCAGCUUUUCCUGCUUGCUGGAGCCAGGGGAGGUGGCCAGGAAUUUGCAUGUGGAAAUAAAAAUAAGCUUUUGGGGCGUCUGCCCCUCCCACCGGCAUUGCUUGUGCUUGGAAGCUUACGUGAACCUCCCUGAUUGUGGCACUGGGUGCAUUGACACAGAUACGUGGAAGACAGUAAAGGAGUGUAAAUGAAAUUAAACAACAUUAAAUUUGUUGUCUGAUGUGUGACGUGAGAAUAUCCUUCUUUCUGUGUCUUUGUUCUCCUGUCCAUCAGAGGGGGAGAGUGCCUGUAACAAUGAGGGUUUGUAUGGAAACUGUGGCAUGUUCUGUGUGCUGUGAUUUCUUUUAUCCUGGGGCUUUGGGUCUCUUUGUAAAAACUGAUGACAGCAGAAGUGGGUCAGGUGGUCUCUGCUCAGAGCCUGUGGGGGAAUUCAUGGAUCCAGAGGCCUUUCACAUCCCCCAGAAGGGCUCAGAGAAGCGGGAUUGGGCUGCUGGGCACUGGAGGCAGCAGAUCCCUCCCAUAUACUUCUGGUGCUCUGUUGCUUUCCCUUUUUCUUUCUUCAGCUUUAGACUGAGGUUUGCAAUCUGAGCUUCCCAAACUGUUGGGAAGAAGCUGCUUUUUCUCUCUGGACACAGCUCCAGGCUUGCAUGCCCUCUUGCCGCUUUACGGUGCAGGAGCCUUGGGAAGCACAGCAAACCUGAUGUUGGCAGGGAGAGGUGCUCCAUUUACUGGAAGGUGGCUGUUGUGAGGUGUGCUGGUGUGCAGCAUCAGCCCUUCUGUGUGCCCGCCUUUUAUGUGAAAGGAGAGCUGUGAUUCCAGCUCUGCUGACCCUGUGAGCAGCUCUGUGCUGUUCCUGACCUCACUCCAGCAGAACAGAUCCAAGUGCUUCUGAAGUAACUGGAUAUCUAAAGUCCUGGGCCUGAGACCAGCAUGUGGUUUAUUUCCUGCUGUUUUUAACCAUGCUUGCUCCUUCAUCUGCAAUAAAUCCCUGUAGGAGCUGGGUAGUCGUGUCCCCUCUGUCUCUGACAGAGCUGUGGCUUUGCCACAGCAAGUGUCACACGCAGCAAUCAGCCCAGGGCAGUCUGAUCCAUGAGCAUGGGAAACAGGCAGAAAUCCUCUGCUUCUGCACGGCUUUGUUUAACUUCUCUGGGGUUUUGUUUAGUUCAGUUUUGCUUUUGAAGCACAAAAGGUGCUUGUCCAGCUGGAGAGCUGUUCUGGAUGUGCAGGGAGCACUGUCACUCUUGCUGCUGCCCUUAGCUUGGCCCAACAACCAGAUUGUGGGUAGGAGUUGCAGGAGUGAGAACUGGCACGUCUGUGAAGUUGCUCUAAAAUAAGAUGAUUGCUUCACCUGUAUCCAUCCAUCUCUUGUGGAAGGAAAGAGCACCAGGCUGCUCCCAGCAGUCUGACAUGCAAUUCAUCUCAUUUGCUGGUGAGAAAUGGGGUCUAUCCUUCAUCCAGUUUUUCCCUUCCUAAUUCGCUGGUCUGCAAGGGCCCUGCUUCUCCCUGGGACCUGCCCCAGCACUCUGGGAGCUGGGGGUGUCCUGAGCCCCUCCAAGCAGGUGAAAGAGCAGGGAGGCAGCUGGAAUCCUUGUCUCUGCAGGGGCACUGCUCAGCUGGGAUCUGUUGUGGGUCCACCACUCAGCGCCAUGCUUUCUGCACGAAUCUGAUCCUGGCUGAUGGAGGUUUGGGCUUUGAAACUGGGCUGGAAAUUUAAGCAGUCAGUGACUCUCCUGUUUUCUUCCCUGCAGGUAGGCAGGAGCCCCCCUUGGCCGAGUGAGGCAGCAUGGCAAUGUUCUUGGGGGCCAGGAAUGCCCACUCACUCCUGAAACGCUUUCCCAGAGCCAAUGGCUUCCUGGAGGAGAUCCGGCAGGGCACCAUCGAGCGGGAGUGCAUCGAGGAGGUCUGCAGCUACGAGGAGGUCAAGGAGGUGUUUGAGAACAAGGAGAAGACGAUGGAGUUUUGGAAAGGCUACACCAGCUCUGUGUACUCUGUCAAGGACCCCGGGCACAGCACGGAGCGCUCUGACGCUAUGUACGUGGUGGUGCCCCUCUUGGGGGUGGCUCUUCUCAUAGUCAUCGCCCUGUUCAUCAUCUGGAGGUGCCAGCUGCAAAAGGCCACCCGCCACCGCCCUUCCUAUGCCCAGAACCGUUACCUGGCCAGCCGGACGGGCCGCAGCCUCCCCAGGGUCAUGGUGUACCGGGAGCGGUCGCAGAGCCAAGGGGAGACCCAGUACCAGCGGGAAGCCAGCAACCGGGGAGCUGGGGAUGGCAGAGCUGGAGGCACCCCCCAGCCAGACGGCACCCUCUGCCCACCAGAGCAUUCUGUCUCUGUCCUCUCCAGACUGUCCAGUGCCACCCCCCCGCCUUCCUACGAGGAGGUGACGGGCCACCCGGAGAGCAGCAGCAGCGGCGAGGAGACCAGCGUCUCCUACAGUGACCCUCCACCCAAGUACGAAGAGAUCGUGGCCACGGCCCCUGCCACGGGCAAAUAGCGGGUUUGCCUCCCUCCUGCCUCUUCACACACUCACACUCACCCAGCCACCCUCUCUUCGCCAUGCCUGGGACCUCCUUCAGGUGUCUGUCAGGCCCCCAUCUCACCUGUACAAUCUGGUGCCAUCACACAAUAGCCUUACCCUCCUAACCAAAAAUAGCUGUCCCCAGGUGGGGUGAGGCAGGGCUGUGGGAUGGUUCUGGAGCCAGCCAGCCAUCUCCUGCCCCUCACUCCCCACUCACGUAAGUGCUGUAGCAGCCAGAGCAGAGCAGCAGCUUGUUCCUGGCUCAAUGCAGGGGUCUCCCCACAGUGCAUUUGAUUUCCUCACUUCCCCCUCAAAUGGACAUAACAUUUCCCAUGAUUAGAGCAGCCUUGCUGCCUCCCUGGGCUGCUGCUCAGCCUCACCCCAUGUCCUCACUGGGCUCUGUUCUACUGCUCAGGGCUCUGGUUAGGUGAUGGAGACGCAGGAUUGAUGUGGCAGACUUUUGUCCACUCCCUCAGUUGGUGGGGCCAGCUCUGUGGGGAGAUGGUGGUUCCCCCACGUGGAUUUGUUGCCAAGUGGAAGUGGGAAGCCCAGUCCACACUGUGGUGCCCGUAGUGGUAUUUGCUGUGUGGAGAUCAGGGAGGGACAGAAAGGUGCUCUCUGAUCUCCUAGAUCUCUUUGGAAAGGGAGAAAGGGCUUGUGGUGGUCUUGUACUUGAGGUAAGUGACUUUGGAGUAGCAGGGCCUUUUCCUGAUGCUCUCUGCUUUCCCCCUGUGGGUGCUGAGCAGCUGGAGGUCUGGCUGCUGCAGAGCUGGCCAAGGGGGUUGUCUCUGACCCUGAGCCAAAUGUGGUCUCAUGGCUUUAAGUGAUGGGAAUCCAACUCUCUCCUGGAGUGUGGCCUAUCCUGUGUCUGCCCCGGAGCUGAGAGCCUGCACACAGGCCAAACUUCCCCUCUCCCUACCCCAAACCUCUCUGCCCUGCCUGGCCCCUCUCUCUGGGGCUCUUUGUCCUCCAGAGCAGGUAAAGUGGGAUGCAACACCCCACUGUCCUCCUGACCUCUUGGGUGGGCUGAGUGUUUGGUGUCCAGGGCUGUGGCACAGAAGUCCAGCUGACAGGGGUGGGAGCCACAAGUCCACGCUGUGACAGUCAGGAGCAGGGCCAAGCCCUGCUCGGGUGGUUGUGUUGCCAGGGCAGGGCAGAGCCAGGUGCUUUGCUGUGGGAUCAGUGUCCUCUUAACCCUGGGCAGCUGCCUGUAGGGUCCAGGCAACGGGGCUGUCCUUCCCCAAUCGUGUCUGAUGGAUUAAUACAAGGGUUGUGCUCCAAGCCCCCAGAAGCAGCCCAGGAACUCCCAGCACUGCCACCACCCGGUGUUCACCCAGCACCAGUCUCUCCACCAGCACAAAAAGGCUAUUGUCCAUCCAUCAGUGGCCUGCAUCCCGCCCGGCCCCAGUGAUGCUCUCGCAGCUGGUGCCCUCAGCCCAGAGCUGAGGCUUGCCCAGCGUGGCUGCUGCUGGGGCAGGACAUGCUGGCACCUUGUCUGUCCCCUCCCCAGCCUUAGCAGAUCGGGGUUAUGGGGAGACCUGACAGUGAGUGUCAGGGCCAGAGCCUGGAGAACACCAGAGGGAGACACAAGGGUGCUCUGCAUCCUCUGUCUUUGAUGCUCGGUCAUUAUCCCUGCAGUUUGUAUUCUGUAAAACUUGGUAUAUUUCUGUGCAAAAAAAAAAAAAAAAAAAAAAAAAAAAAAAAAAAGGUAUUUAUUAAAAAACCCU